UCUUGGAGUCACGCAGUUUUGCAUCUGCCGUAGAAGAGGGGAUUGCAAGCGAGCUGGGCUGUCUGCGUGUGGGAACCCCCCAGCUGGAGGGCAGACCUUCCGGUCCACAGAUGGCUUCCCCCGUGCCCGCGGCGUGCUGUGUGGUGUUCACCGCAAUGGUGGUAGUCUACGCUCAGAAGCACGGCCAGCAAGAGUCCCACGUUCACUAUGCGCAGUUGGGGACCGACGUGACGAUACCAUGUGGCUCGGUGGACCAGGAGACAGCUGUCACCUGGACAGCCAACAGCACUGACCUCGACGCUUCCCAUCUCAAUGGCUCCCACCUCGUCCUUCGGAACGUGGACCUCUCCCACAAUGGACAGUACUCUUGCUACGAGGGGUCUUCAUGGCACCUCAAAGACCGGGUCAACCUCAAAGUUGGAAGUGAGUACCAUGGCGUUAAUUCACACGGGGGUUCUGUUCCAACCUGGCUGUGGGUUUGUGAAGCCUGUAUCUACUGUUUGUGUGCAUCCUUUAUUUGUUUACUAUUAUCAUCUACUUCAUUCUCUACAAGAGCUACAAUGCUGUUGUUUUUUAAAGCAGCUAACAAACUAAAUGCAUAAACGUACUCA